CCACGUGUCAGCUUCAGAAGGGAGCAGUUGUAACUGACACAUUAUCUUCAUUUCUUUUACAUAAUAUAUAAGGAGAGGGGAAGUGCAAAGUUCAAUUCGCAUUGCUACUCUGUAGUCUGUACUCAUCAAUAACUUUUUCUCUCUUUGGCGGUAUACGAUUCACUAUCUUUUUUUUCAAUUUCCCUCCUCUUUUUGUAUCAAUGGCGGAGGCGACGGAGAUGCCGUACUUUAAGUUGAAUACCGGUUUCAGCAUUCCGGCGGUCGGUUUGGGAACAUGGCAGUCCGAUCCCGGUGUCGUCGGCAAAGCCGUGGAGACUGCUAUCAAGAUGGGCUACCGGCAUAUUGAUUGUGCUCAAAUUUAUAAAAAUGAGAAGGAGAUUGGUGAAGUUUUGAGCAGGCUGUUUAAAGAUGGUGUUGUCAAGAGGCAAGAUCUAUUCAUUACAUCCAAACUCUGGAACACUAAUCAUGCACCUGAAGAUGUACCAGUCGCACUAGACAAAACUCUUAAAGACUUGCAGCUGGAAUACGUUGACCUGUACCUCAUCCAUUGGCCUGUCAGUAUGAAGCCUGGAUCAGUUGACUUUAAACCUGAAAAUCUUAUGCCAACCAACAUACCCAGCAUAUGGAAAGCAAUGGAAAAAGUUUAUGAUUCCGGGAAGGCUAGAGUUAUUGGUGUUAGCAAUUUCUCUACUAAGAAACUGGGAGAUCUUUUGCAAGUAGCACGGAUUCGUCCUGCUGUCAACCAGGUGGAGUGCCAUCCUUCGUGGCAACAAGCUAAAUUGCGGGAGUUCUGUAAAUCCAAUGAAGUGCACCUCUCUGCAUAUUCGCCGCUUGGCUCUCCAGGUACAACAUGGCUUAAAAGUGAUGUGCUAAAGCAGCCAGCUGUAAUCUCAGUUGCUGAGAAAUUGGGCAAGACUCCUGCACAGGUUUGUCUUCGUUGGGGGAUUCAGAUGGGUCAGAGUGUACUUCCUAAGAGCACACAUGAAGCACGGAUUAAGGAGAAUCUCGAUGUACUGAACUGGUCUAUACCUGAUGACUUGCUUGCCAAGUUCUCUGAAAUUCCACAGGCAAGGCUGCUGAGAGGCACUUUAUUUGUUAACGAGACGCAUGGCCAGUACAGAACACUUGAAGAGCUGUGGGAUGAUGAGAUCUAAGGUCACAGUAUGAAUUAACUGUUGAAGAUAGGCAAAUCUUAAUCCAUUUGUCUCAGAGAUUUAAGCUUCUUGUGCACUUCCUUUUCCUUUGAACUUUCGGAGAUAGGUGAAUUGUCAAACCAUUAGAUGUAGGUUUCCUUG